UGUUUCUGGUGUAUUGUGGUUAAAAUAUUACAUGCCAAUCGCAAUUAUACUAAGCAUAUAAUAAAAAUUUGAAAAUUAUUUAUCUGUGACCAAACAAUUUGAAAGUGUAAAGUUUUGUAAUUGAGUGCUUGUGUUGAACGAAUUUAGAAGUUUGCUCUUAUUGAUAUUUGAAAAAUGAGCGUUAGUGCAGCUUCUACAACAACCGCUGUGGAAGAUGAAAUUGACGAUUGCGGGCCACAACCCAUUGGCAGACUUGAGGGUAAUGGUAUUAAUGCUGGCGACAUAAAGAAACUUGAAGAAUCUGGAUAUCAUACAAUUGAGUCUGUGGCAUUUGCUCCAAAAAAACAUCUUUUAACCAUCAAAGGUAUAUCUGAGGCCAAAGCGGACAAGAUAUUGAGUGAAGCAUCAAAAUUAGUUCCCAUGGGUUUUACAACAGCAACUGAAUUUCAUCAGAAGCGCGCCGAUAUGAUAACAAUAACGACUGGUUCAAAAGAACUGGAUAGAUUAUUGGGAGGAGGAAUAGAAACUGGCUCAAUAACAGAGAUGUUUGGAGAGUUUCGAACUGGAAAGACACAAAUUUGUCAUACUCUCGCCGUUACUUGCCAGUUACCAACAGAGUGUGGAGGUGCAGAAGGCAAAUGUCUUUAUAUUGAUACAGAGGGUACAUUUCGACCAGAGAGGUUGCUGGCUGUAGCAGAACGCUUCAAAAUGAACCAGCAAGAAGUUCUUGAUAAUGUCGCUUAUGCAAGGGCUUAUAAUACUGAUCACCAAACCCAGCUAUUAAUCCAAGCAUCAGCAAUGAUGGCCGAAUCUAGGUAUGCUUUAUUAGUUGUAGACAGCGCAAUGGCCUUAUAUAGGACUGAUUAUUCUGGACGAAGUGAAUUGUCUGCUAGACAAAUGCAUUUAGCUAGAUUUUUAAGAAUGCUUCUUCGUUUGGCUGAUGAAUUUGGAGUGGCAGUCGUAAUAACAAAUCAGGUGGUGGCUCAAGUAGAUGGAGCAGCCAUGUUCAAUGCGGAUCCCAAAAAACCAAUUGGAGGCAAUAUAAUGGCCCAUGCUUCCACGACCCGCCUGUAUUUAAGAAAAGGUAGGGGUGAAACACGUAUGUGUAAAAUUUAUGAUUCUCCUUGUCUGCCUGAAGCUGAAGCUAUGUUUGCAAUUAAUCCGGAUGGAAUAGGUGAUGCGAAGGAGUGAUUGAUCUAUAUGAGUUGUUUAAUAUUGUUUUCCAGCUUAUCGUUUAGUUACGUCUUGUGUAAAGUAGAUUAAAAAAAUAGAUUAAGACAAUUUCAAUACAUUUGUAUUUUUCUAAGAAUAAAUUAUUACA